AUGGCGUCUGACGGGGGGAGCGAGAGCCCUGCUGCAAGUAAACAGAGCCCCCCGUGGCGGCGUGGAUGGAGCUUGGCGGUCGAUACGGCUGUCGUCGUCGUCGUCGUCGUCGUCGGUCUGGAGUACUCAUUGGCAGUUGGAGGGCUGCCCCCGGCGCAAGGCUCCAGGCCACUGAACUUUGCGGCCGCUCCGCUGAACCCUGCCAGAGCUGCCAAGCUCGUGGCUGCAGAAGCACCAACGGAAGGGUGCGCAGAGUACCCAGCCCCGAUCGCCGAGUACAAGUACGCCCAGCCGCAGAGCUGGGUACAGCGCCGUGCCUGCAGCCCCGGGCCAGGCCAGCGUCGCGUCGGCUGCAACCUCCAGCAGGCGCCAAGUACCUGCGCCGGUACCAGUACCAGAGGCCAGCGCGGCAAGUACGGAGAGCCUGCUGACCCACGCCUCGAUCCGCUUGCCUUGUCCCACCCUUCACGUCGUGGUUCCUCGUUCUUCGGAUCCCCUCUACCUCUGCUCUACUUCCUCUGCUUCCCACAGCGUCCUGCUGCAUAUCCCAUCGCUGCCAGCUUCAUUGUCCAUGCGCCCUGCGGACUGAUCGCGGCGUCUCGACUGGCCUGCAACUGUCUUGCCCUGCGCAUCAGAGCCCCUGCAUUGCCAGAUUCCCACUCUGGCUGCUGGAGAAUCAAUCGCACUUUGAACUUCCAGCAGCCCAGUGUCUCAGCCGUGUCUUCUUGCAGCUUCUCAGCGGAAUCGGCCCUCUCUCCUCUUUUGCGACGCAGCCUUGGCAGAGCACGGUGCUGCCAGUAUUAA